CCGCGCGCCCUCAAUGCCCCGCCACCCGCGGGCACCGCCGCCAGGCCUCCCGGCCUCCAGCCCCCGCGCCGACGAUCGAUGGAGCGGGACCCCGGGUCUACUGCAGUGUCCCCCAUGAGACUCGGAAUGGUGAGCACGUAGGUGAGCAUGCAGGAAGGCAGGUGGUGUGGAACAUGCCUCCACCACCCAGUGCUUCUGCUGCCCACGGCCGCACUCACCUAUGCCCAUGGCCUGCACGGGCCUGUCGCUCUCCAGCGCCUUUGACAUUCUAGGUGCCGCAGGCGAGGAAAAGCUCUUGCAUCUUAAGCACAAGCUGAAGACCCUGCGCCCAGGCUGCCGGGGGGCGGACCUCCUGCAUGCCAUGGUGCUCCUGAAGUUGGGCCAGGAGACCGAGGCCAGGAUCUCCCUGGAAGCGCUGAAGGCGGAUGCGGUGGCCCGGCUUGUGGCCCGCCAGUGGGCCGGCAUGGACAGUGCCGAGGCCCCAGAGGAGCCCCCAGACUUGUCCUGGGCAGUUGCCCGGGUAUUCCACCUGCUCGCUGAGGAGAAGCUGUGCCCGGUCACUAUGCGGGACAUGGCCUACCAGGCUGCCCUCCAUACGUUCAGCUCCAGGGAUGACCACCGGCUCACAGAGCUCCAGGGAGAGGCCCAGGACCGCUGUGGGUGGGGUACCGUCAGGGACCCAGGGAGCUUCCAGCCCCUUCACUCUGAUCCGGGCUGCCUGCCACCAUCCUCAGUGUCACCCUCAGGCACUCACGGCCUUCCCCAGCCCAUCAGGCACCUUCUGGACUGGAGCAGAGGGUGUUCCCUGAGAUCCACCGGCAGCCCCGCCUCCCUGGCCAGCAAUCUGGAAAUCAGCCAGUCGCCCACCAUGCCCUUUCUCAGCCAUCACUGCAGCUGCCACGGGCCCAGCAAGCUGUGUGACGAGCCCCAGGCCAGCCCGGUGCCUGAGCCUGCCCCCACGGGCUGCCAGGAGCCUGAGGAGGUGAGCUGGCCACCUUCGGAAGCGACUGUCAGCCCCCCAUCGAUGGAGACUGCCAGCCCCCCACUGGGGGAGACUGUCAGCCCCUCAUCAGGAGAGGUGGCUAGCCCCUCAUCCGGGGAGAGUGCCAGCCCCCCAUCGGGGGAGGCUGCCCGUCCCCCACCGGGGGAGACUGCCAGCCCCUCAUCGGGGGAGACUGCCAGCUCCCGGACGCUACCAAACAGCUCAGCCCCUAGGCUUACUGAGCUGGUCCCAGAUGCAAGCCCUGGCCAGCCCGACCCCCCCAAAGCUCUGGAAAUCAGCACCCACUACCCGGUGGAGUGCACAGAAGUGUUGGCAGCCCCCAAAUCUCUCUCCUUGCCCUCCAGAAACACUUGCCCUGACAAGGACCAGCCCCCACUCCCACUUCCUGGAGAAGAUAUCACUUCCCAGGUGGCCAGCCCAUGCCCACCUGCGCCCUCAGCCCUGAGGACGUCCCCUCCCUGCCCUGCAUCAUCGACCCCUUCUUCCACUGGCCUGGCCUCCUCCAGCCCAUGCCCCCCUUCUCCCGAGUUGGAGUCAGAGCAGAAAUUCUAUAACUUUGUGAUCCUGCACGUUGCGGCGGAUGAACACAUUGCCCUGCGGGUCCGGGAGAAGCUCGAGGCCCUGGGGGUCCCUGAUGGGGCCACCUUCUGUGAGGAUUUCCAGGUGCCCGGGCGGGGCGAGCUGCGCUGCCUACAAGACGCCAUCGAACACUCGGCCUUCACCAUCCUGCUGCUCACCCCCAACUUCGACUGCCACCUGGGCCAGCACCAGGCGGGCCAUUCGCUGAUGAGCAGCCUCACGCGGCCCGGGUGGCAAGACUGCGUGAUCCCCUUCCUGCCCCUGGAGAGCUCCCAGGCCCAGCUCAGCUCCCACACGUCCAGCCUGCUCAUCGGCCUGGUGUGGCUGGACGAGCACUCCCGGAUCUUCGCCAAGAGGGUGGCCAACACCUUCAAGCCGCAGACGCUACGAGCCCGCAAGGCCCACUGGAGGAAGGAACAGGACGUGCGGGCCCUGCAAGAGCAGCGCCGGCACCUGGAGGGCGAGCGGCGGCGGGUAGCGGCACUGAACGCCGCCUACUCGGCCGACGUCCAGAACUGCUUGUCCUGGCAGGCGCAGAUGGAGACACUCCGGGCGGCCUUCGGGAGCCACAUGCCAUUUGGGACUCGGGUGCCCCCCGGGGGCCCGGGGCCUCUGGGCGCCCCCCGGCCCUUUCCCUCCUGGCCGGGCCAUCAGCCGCCCCCUGAGGCUCCGUGGCUGGCCGGCUCGCCCGCGCCCGCCUUCCCGCCGCCGCCCGCCUUCCCGCAGGCCGGCCCGGCGCCCCCUCAGAGCCCCGGGCUGCAGCCCCUCAUCAUCCACCACGCCCAGAUGGUGCAGCUGGGCCUCAACAACCACAUGUGGAACCAGAGAGGGACCCAGGCGCCCGAGGACAAGACGCAAGGAGCAGAGUGACCGAGUGGCUGGGCCCGAGGACCCGGACCUUAGGGACGCCCCCCACCGCUUCCAGGGGGGGCAGAGGAGCGUGACGUCGUCGGCCGCUCUCCGGAAACGGUGCAAAAUGGGCCCCGACGACUUCCUGGCGCGCAGGGUGGCCAGACUUGGGUGUGGCAUUUACAAAUUCUCACCUGGGUGGUGGUGGGGCUAGCGGGCUGGGGGAUGUGGGUACCGUGUUUUAACUAUAAUAAAUAUUUAUUGAAUGUU